AUGGGAGCCUGCAGCUCAAAGCCUCUUCAAAAGCCCAAUCCUUAUGCCAAAAGAGAAAAUCCGGAACCAUUACAAAUCCGGGAACCCACCAUUAAUCUCGAAAUUCCGGUUAGAGAAGAUGGCGUCGAAAACACCGGGAAGAAGUCUCCGUUCUUCUCAUUCUACAGCCCGAGUCCAGCCCGUUUCUUAUCUUCCAAGAAAUCUUCUCCGGCGGCGGGGGGAGGGACAUCACAGCGGGGGAUGUUGAAGAUUCCAUUUCCGCCUCCGUCGCCGGCGAAGCACCUGAAGGAGAUGUUACUGAGGAGGCAUGGCGGUGACGAGGCGGUGAAGGCGAGAGAUAAAGGGGUAAUGGAGGCGGAGAAGGGUCACGAGACGGCGGAAUUGAAUAAGAGUUUUGGGUUUUCUACGCAGUUUACGAGUAGGUACGAGGUUAAAGAAAAAGUGGGACGAGGACAUUUUGGGUAUACUUGUUCUGCCAUUGCCACGAAGGGGAAGCUUAAAGGCCAAAAUGUUGCCGUCAAGAUUAUUCCCAAGGCAAAGAUGACAACAGCAAUUGCUAUUGAGGAUGUAAGAAGGGAGGUUAAGAUAUUGCGUGCCUUGACAGGACAUAGCAAUCUUGUACAAUUCUAUGAUGCUUUUGAAGAUAAUGAUAGUGUCUAUGUAGUAAUGGAGCUGUGCCAAGGAGGAGAGCUUCUAGAUAGAAUACUUGCGAGAGGUGGGAAAUACUCAGAAGAUGAUGCAAAGGCUGUUAUGGUACAGAUUCUAAAUGUUGUAGCAUUUUGUCAUUUCCAGGGUGUGGUGCACCGAGAUCUUAAACCGGAGAAUUUUCUGUUUACCUCCAAAGAUGAAAAUUCCGAGUUGAAACUUAUCGACUUUGGCUUAUCAGAUUUUGUUAGACCAGAUGAAAAGCUUAAUGACAUUGUUGGAAGUGCAUACUACGUCGCACCUGAAGUUUUGCAUAGAUCAUACAGUACAGAGGCCGAUGUGUGGAGUAUAGGUGUAAUAGCUUAUAUUCUGUUAUGCGGUAGUCGCCCAUUUUGGGCUCGAACAGAAUCCGGUAUAUUUCGGGCAGUCUUGAAAGCUGAUCCAAGUUUUGAGGACGCCCCUUGGCCUUCAUUAUCGUCAGAGGCAAAGGAUUUUAUCAAAUGCUUAUUGUACAAAGACCCUCGAAAACGGAUGACAGCUGCUCAGGCUCUAUGUCAUCCAUGGAUCCGAAAUUACAGUAGCUUGAAAGUACAACUCGAUAUUCUUAUAUUCAGACUAAUGAAAGCCUAUGUGCGAUCGACUUCUUUGCGUAAGGCUGCCUUAAGGGCUCUAUCUAAGACAUUGACUGCAGACGAACUCUUUUAUCUUAAGGAGCAAUUUGCAUUGUUGGGGCCAAACGAAAGUGGCGGCAUAGCUUUAGAAAAUAUAGAAGCGGUACUGGUGAAAAAUGCUACCGACAUCAUGAAGGUGUAUCAAAUUCCCGAUUUCCUUGCAUCACUAAAUGUGCUUCAAUAUAGAAGGAUGUAUUUUGAAGAAUUCUGUGCAGCUGCUUUAAGUGUUCAUCAAUUGGAGGCACUCGACCGAUGGGAGCAACAUGCUCGUUCUGCAUAUGAGAAUUUUGAGAAGGAUGGAAACAGAAUUAUUCUCAUCGAGGAACUUGCAUCAGAACUUAGACUUAGUCCUUCAGUGCCAGUCCAUGCUGUUUUCCAUGACUGGAUAAGGCACACUGAUGGAAAACUAAGCUUCCAUGGGUUUGUCAAAUUAUUGCACGGCCCGUCCAGCCGUUCACUUCCGAAGGGUCAAUAA